AUGUCCACACAGGCGUACCCGCCCCAGGAGAGUGUCUACGACCUGUUACCCCAGGAGCAGGUCACGUUUGAGAAACUACGAUAUGUGUCCAAGUUCAGGCCCGCUGUGGUUCAGGAGGAGAAGCUUCCCAGGCGGCCCAUGAGGACGAUGGGCCCGGCCAAAGUGGAGGUGCCCUCACCCGAGAAGUUCCUCAAGAAACAUUCCAAAGAGCCUAAAGUGUCAGACAAGCCCCAGAGUGCGAAAGAAGGCCGCAUCCAUCCGCUGCAGAAGCCCCCGGUUCCCACCAGAGCAGAGAUCUCCCAGAUGGCCGUCCACCCCAAACAAGACAAAGACUCCACAAAGACUUUCACAUGUACAACGACAAAACCAAAACCCAUCAGCGUUGACGGCCACAAGGGGCACAGGGAGGAGCUGGAGAACUCUGGACUGGUCCCUAAAUACAUCAAGAAGAAGGAUUUUGGUAAAGUCCCGGUGUAUCUCCUACGACAUAAUGCAGAGAAGCAGAAAGCUCAGGAGGAGUAUGACAACUACGUGAAGGAGCAGAGGGAGAAGCAGGCCAUGAAGCAGCUGUCUGAGGAGGAGCGGCUGGACAUCCUGGAGGGUUUGAAGCAGAGCUGGAGCCGGGUCCACCACGAGUACCAGGGCAUGCCGCUGAUCAUCGAGACCAUCUCCAAACGGGCCCACAAGGAGCGCCUGGAGGCCGACAUGAAACGCCUGGAGAAGGACAUCGAGAAGUUUGAGAGAUUCAAAAUCAUCUACAUCGCAGACAACUGA